AUGUUCGACGUAGACUGGAUGAGCCUUGUGCUCCCUUUUGCCUAUCUGACUGUUCUCGGCGGCGUUUUCAUGACCUUUUCUAAGAUUUACAGACAACGGAAAGCCACGCAAAGCGCUAACCUCGCUCCCUGGUUCGGCCCUCACCUCCAGCGCAACAUCUACCUUUCCCUUCUGCAUGUCGGAAACCCCGAGGAAGGCCAGGAGAAAGCCCCUAAGAUUCCCGACACUGUCAUUCGCGCUGCUCUCCUCCGCCGCGCUGUAGAGGAUAUUCACCGUCUGGUCCAGAUCCGCUCCGCCAAGCAAGCUUGCAGCUCAUUGUUGCAACGUGGAAGUGUUGGCGAUGACCUGUGGCAGCGUUUCCAGCGUGCGGAGAAGGAGAUGGAGGACGAGCUUCGCGACGUUGUAAUGGAGGCCAACGCUCUCGCCCCCAACUGGGGCCAGUCCAUUUUCCAGUCCGCCAACGAGAUUGCCGCCAACACCAUUGUGCGUAACCGACUCGAGGAGAUCUCCAACACUGUCGAGCAGGAGAAAGAGUGGUGGGAGAAGCGCAGAACCACCAUUCAGACCGAGUUCAUGAAAGAGCUUGACGAGUCCGAGAAGAGCUCUACCGCUCCGCCUAGUGUCGACGGCGACGCUGUCCUCGUUGACUCGAGCACUGCCAGCACGCCUUCAAAGAAGAAGAAGGGCAAGAAAUAA